AACCCAACGUGGGGCUUGAACUCAAGACCCCAAGACCAAUCCUAUGCUCUACCACUUGAGCCAGCCAGCCACCCCAGGUCAGACUCAUUUUUAAUAGUUGCAUAAUUUACCAGAGUAUAAAGAUUGUAACUAUUUCCCUAUUAGAAGAUAUGUUUGUUUCUAGUUUUUCACUAUUCCAAGGGAGGAGUGAGUUUAGGGGAGAGGGGGGAAAAGUAGGUCCUCAAGUUGAGAGAGACCAGAAACCUGGGUUGUUUUCCAACUUUAUUCUAACUUGUGACCUCCAACAAAUCUCGUUUCUUCUUUCAGAAGUAUCUGACCCUGUCAAAGAAGUUUUGGAUCAAAAGAUCAAAACACCAGCGAAUGUGGGUGUUCUCUGGGGUCUGCUGCGACCAGCCGGCCACACAGUCUCUACCAAAUGUCCUUCCAGCAAUGGAACUGCUUCUCUCUGUGUGGCCCGUGGACCUCCCGGACGCUAUUCUGCUCCUGGAGAUUCUCCCUUCCCACCAGAGCACCACCAGUCUCUCUCCCUCUCCCCCCUGCGUGGUUCAUUCUCCCGCGCUUCGGUGUCCGAGACCUGAGAGCUGCCCGGCGCCCAGCUCUGCUCUAAGAGAGAUGGAGGAGCCGGGGUCCCGUGAAGAGGUCAUGGAAGAAGUGACAUCGUGCUCCUUCAGCAGCCCUCUGUUCCAGCAGGAAGACAAGAGAGGGAUCACCUACCGGAUCCCAGCCCUGCUCUACAUCCCCCCCACCCACACCUUCCUGGCCUUUGCAGAGAAGCGCUCCACGAGCAGGGAUGAGGAUGCUCUCCACCUGGUGCUGAGGCGAGGGUUGAGGACUGGGCACUCGGUACAGUGGGGACCUUUGAAGCCACUGAUGGAAGCCACAUUACCUGGGCAUCGGACCAUGAACCCCUGUCCUGUGUGGGAGCAGAAAAGCGGCUGUGUAUACCUAUUCUUCAUCUGUGUGCGAGGCCAUGUCACCGAGCGUCAGCAGGUCAUGUCAGGCAGGAAUGCAGCCCGCCUCUGCUUCAUCUGCAGUCGAGACACUGGCUGUUCAUGGAGCGAGGUGAGGGACUUGACUGAAGAGGUUAUUGGUGCAGAGGUGAAGCGUUGGGCCACAUUCGCUGUGGGCCCAGGUCAUGGCAUCCAGCUACAGUCGGGGAGGCUGGUCAUCCCUGCAUAUGCCUACUACAUCCCUUACUGGUUCUUUUGCUUCCGGCUACCAUGUAAAGCCAAGCCUCAUUCCCUGAUGAUCUACAGUGAUGACCUAGGGGCCACAUGGCACCACGGCAGGCUCAUUCAGCCCAUGGCAACAGUGGAAUGCGAAGUGGCAGAGGUGACUGGGAGGGGUGGAAACCCCGUGCUGUAUUGCAGUGCCCGGACACCAAACAGGUGCCGGGCAGAGGCUUUCAGCGAUGACCGUGGUGAAUGCUUUCAGAGACUAGCCCUGAGCCGACAGCUCUGUGAGCCCCCGCAUGGCUGCCAAGGCAGUGUGGUGAGUUUCCGGCCCCCGGAGAUGUUAUGUGGGUGCCAGGACCCUAAUGGCAAAGAUGCUUCUACCAUUCAGCAGAGCCCUCUACUGGACAGAUCACUAAGGCUAGAGCAAGAAGCUGGAGCACUGUCUGAAUCAUGGCUCUUGUACUCACACCCAACCUGUAAGAAGCGGAGGGUCAACUUAGGCAUCUACCUCAAUCAGACCCCCUUGGAUGCUGCCUGCUGGUCCCACCCCUGGAUCUUGCACUGCGGGCCCUGUGGCUACUCUGAUUUGGCUGCUUUGGAAAAGGAGGGCUUGUUUGGGUGUCUGUUUGAAUGUGGGACCAAGCGAGAGUGUGAGCAGAUUGCCUUCCGCCUGUUUACAGACCGAGAGAUCCUGAGCCAUGUGCAUGGGGACUUCACCAGCCCUGAUAAGAACCCUGAGCCAAUUGAAAGCUAAAAACUGACUUAGGACCCAAUUUUCCAUGGAAAGAAACCACAGAAGGCAACCACAGCCAGGAUAAUGGAGGCCAGGUUAACAGAAGUUAUUGAAGCCUACAGAGAAUCCAAAAACUUAAUAUUGUGCUCCCUACCUUUUUUCCUUCUCCUCCAAGGAGCAAAAUGAACAUUUUUCCAUAGCUACUACAGUGGAAAGAACUAUGAGUUGGGAAACCAUGAUGUGGUCCUGGUUGUGCCACUGUCUUGCUGAGGGAUGUUGAACAUAUCACCUGAACUCUCUGGGCGUCAGGUCUCCAUUUGUAAAAUGAGAGGAUUGGUUCUGGGAUUUUUCUUCUUCUCAUUUCUAGGAAAGACAGAGUGUCUGCAUGCUCCAUGAUCAGCAAAUUCUGGCUCCGUAGCAGACUCUGAUCUCAAAAGGGAAGUCAGAGGGCUCAUCAUUUCCAAUGACUCACCACUCAUCCAGGUGUGAGGCUACAAGCAGGUGUUCUGGCAUGAAGGAAGAUCUGGAUGUUUUGUUCUGUUCUUAAUAACAAACACACACACACACACCCUUUUAAUCAUGUUUAGAACUCUAUAGGUUCUCCGUCCUAGAGGAAUUGGGCAAAACAGUAGGAUCAUGAGGUCACCUACCUUCUCCAGCUUUGCAGCUGUGUUCAAUCUUCCUUCCUUAUCUGGAAUGCUUACUCCCUAAGGAGAAAAUGAGAAGCUCAAUGCCAGUGGCCCUUGAUAAUGGCACAUAUUUUUUUAAAUUUUUUUUUAACAUUUAUUUAUUAUUGAGAGAGAGAGACACACACACACACACACACACACACACACA